AUGUCGCUCUUCAACGCAAUUCCUCUUGUCGACGAACCAGAAGCUUAUGAUUCGUCCGAUGAGGGCAGCACCAGCUCUGAGGGAUCUGUUUUUGAUGUUCCCAGGUACCUCGCUCCCUUCGAGCCCUACAACCCCCCAUAUCGCGUUGGAAGAACCGGCUUUAUUCACCCACUUAUCCGGAGAGAGAGCAUCAGAGCUACCAGAAUCGAGGACUACACGGAAAGAAGAAGCAAGUUCACCAUUGUUUUCAAACCCACCUGCCUCAAGAUCACCAAUGCUGCUUCUGUAUUUUCAGGCAUCGAAUGCGAACUGAUUUUGCUGUUCAGGAAAGUCAAGGGUAUUCAAGUCGCUUCGGUUCACCCCCACCAACAGAUUUUGUCAUUUUUGGAAGUCGAGCUUGCAGACCCCCAGGUGAAGUCUUCCCUCAUCAUCUUGAACUUCAUGGCCUUCACUGCGAGUGACAAGUUGACUACUUACAACGCAUUAAUGGCCUUGGAAGAGUUUCUCAGAAAUUACUACCAAGUGAACCUGGUCAAGGUCGAAGUGAAUAUCUUGCUCAAUGGGUUUGGGAUGAGGAAGUACACGCCCGGUGUAUCGCAGUUGAAGGUGCUCAGGGAGUUGUUGUUUGGAAUCUUGGGGCCACCACAUGCCAACUAUUAG